AUGAGCUUAGAAUCCAUUAAGCUGCUGUUAGAUGCUUUGGAUGGAUCGAGCUAUUCGAUACUUUCCCUGAAAAGUGAGUUUGAAAAUUUACAGAGUAAAUUGGAUAACCCUUUAUUGGUCAAUGAAGAGUUCAAAUAUCAAAAAGAAGUCUUCUCGAAACUUAAGUUUCAGUACUUGGAACAGGAGACAAGAGACAAGUUUUUGAGAAAGAUUUCUGAAUCAAAUGACGAGGACAUUAGCAGAGAAGAUGUUGACGGAAUGGAGGGCGAAACCAUGGAGAAAAAGAGAGAGCUUAAGGACUUGAAGUCACAGUUAAACAAUAGAAUAUCUGACCUACAAGCCACUUCGGAGGAAGUAGUCAAGCUCUAUGAUGACCUUAAUAUCAAGAUCAGACAUACAAGGGAUAAAGUUGGGGAAGCAGAACACUUGGAGAGUCAGAUUAACGACCUCUUAAAAUCACAAGCGCCAGAGAAAAGAGAAUUAAUCAACAACUUGGACAUCGAGAGCCAAAUUGAUAUUGACGCUACCAUGGAUGUCUACAAUCAAAUUUUGAGUGAUCGUGGUGCCAAACUUAGAGGCAUUGGUAAUGACAUCAAUUUGAAACGGCAGAUACUCGCUAAUCACGAACAGCAGCUUCACAAUAUUGCCACAAAAGUCAAUAACCUACAACAGCAUAUUCUGGAUAUGUCUCCAGAUCAGAACCUUAGCAAAACACAAUUGUUUGCAAAGUGGUGCAAGGAAAUGAACGGAUUGCUUCUGAAUUUCACCAAUGUCAAAAACCUUACCCUCAACGCCAUAGAUGACGACCAAAAUGACUUCAGUAACCAGAUUACUGGUCUGGAUAAUCAACCUUACAAGCUCUCAUUUGAAACAGCCGCUGGCACGGCCGUGGAGUUGUGUUUCAGUAGAGAUCUUGAAUUACAAUCUUAUAAAGGAGUUAGCCAGCAUGAAGCGGUGGAAACAUUCAAAGAGACCCCAAUCCAUUCACAUGAUCAUUUAAUAGUAGAGGUUGCUAAACUAAUUACAAAAAUCAAUAGCAUGGAUAUCCCAAGCGGUCAAUCCUAA